ACUAAACACUGUUGCGGAUGUAAAACUACUGUCGAGAUCAGCUGUUAAACGAAUUUAGGCGAAAAUAAAAACAUUUUCACAUUUUGCACAGAAAUAAAUGUAAUUUUUAUAUACAAAAUGUCUUUGACAAAGGUUUAUGACGCCCCCACAGUCUUCAAAAAUUUAAAUGGGAUUAUGAACAUCUAUAAGCCAGCUGGAAUGAAAGUCAAGCAUGUAAAAAAUGCGAUACUCCACAACGUAACCAAAGAUUUAAAUGAAAUGCAAGUCCGCGAGCCUCGAAAGCUAGAAAUACCGCUGUUGGAACCAGGAGGAGCUGCGAAUCCAUUGCUACGAAAGAUGGAAUCUAUUGAUUUAUCUGAUCAUAUAUUGGCCACAGGACCACGAUAUCAAAUAUCCGAUAUACGUUGUGCACUUGUAGCUGGGUUGGGCAGACACACAAGUGGUGUAUUGUUGUUUGGAAUUAAUAAGGGAAUACGCCAAUCACAUAAGAUACAAAUAAAUCGUCCGCUGCGGGCCUAUCAUGUCUCUGGACGCUUUGGUUUUGCGACGGAAACGAAUUUCCCUGAUUCCCGAAUUACUGUGCGCUCUGAUUAUCGACACGUGCAUCCAGAACGGAUGAGCUCGUUGGCUGCCUCCAUGCAAGCUUCACACCAACGUAAAAUGUUCGAACUCUGUGGUGUAGAUCUGCAAUCGCAAGCAGCCUAUGAAAUCGCUUGCAAAGGUCUAGUUCGCCCAGCUGAUAAUACACAACCAGUAAUUUAUGGCAUCAAACUGAUUUAUUUCCAACGCCCCGAUUUUACAGUAGAGGUUCAUGCUAUCAACGAAUGUGAAGACUACUUAGCAGCGUUGGUAAAUGAAAUGGGCAUUGAAUUACGAACAGUAGCGCACUGCACAGCUAUACGCUGCAUACGGCAUGGACACUUCAACGUCGAAAACUCCUUGCUAAGGCAUGGCUGGAAUAUACGAGGUGUUGUGAAAAACAUGCGACAGCAGCAACAGGUUCUGGAGCAACAUCCACAUCUAUUAACACAAGAUAAAAUUGAAUUAAGAAGUGAUUAACAUUAAAGUUAAACCGUAAAGUUGCCAGUCAGAUGUACAUAGUA